AUGUAUGUACAACGCUAUCUCUCUCCCCCAGGCAAGGCUUCCGCGCCUCGUAAAAUACCUACCUUAGCUACCGAGGUAGACCAGGUGCUCCACCAAAAAGGUGGUUUUGCAUUGGCUCACUCGCUCGUGCGCGCCGAGACUGGGCCGGGCUGGGCUGGGGCUGGCUCGACGAGCAUGAGUCUGAGCAUUACCACCAGUACACGAAGAUAUGCUGUGCUGGAUUCGUGGCCCGUGUCUCACUCGCCUCGGUUUUGUCUGGCGGGUGCUAAAUCUUUAACUAAACUAAGACUAAGAAUAAUAGAUACUAAAGGUUUAAUCUCUAUUCUAGCUUUAGCUAGAGAGAAACUUAUUAAAAAUAUAAGCUAUAGAUUAAAGUAUUACUAUAGAUAUUUUAAAUUAAAUAUAUAUAAGAAUAUUAGAUUAUAUAACUAG